GACAAAAUGGGGGCACGAUGGAGUCGGAGAGGAGAGCUGACAGUGUUUGAAGUUAUUAGACAGUUUCUGUUGAUAAGAUCGGUUGAUGCACCGAGAUCAGUUAUAUAAGGACCUGAAGCCUAGAAACAAGCUACCAACGUGCACACUGAAAAAGAAGCAACAUGGGCUGUAGCAGAAACUGUGGGCUACUCACGGGGGCUAUCAUUGGUGGAGUACUGGCGGUGUUUGGAGGUGUCCUCAUACCACUUGGAGAUUACCUUGUUGACAGGACAAUAAGAAAGGAGGAUGUCAUUGAAAAUGGUACAAUAGCUUAUGAAAACUGGGUUGUGCCAGGGAGUCCUGUUUACAGGCAGUUUUGGUUCUAUGAUGUGCAAAAUCCAGAGGAAGUGAUGAACAAUGGAUCACGGCCAAUACUCAAACAAAUUGGACCUUACACAUACAGGAUGCGAUAUUUGCCCAAAGAAAAUAUCACUCAACAUCCUGACUACACCGUGUCUUAUAUGCUGCCAAAUGUUGCUCGUUUCGAGCCUGAUAUGUCAGUUGGGUCCGAAAAUGACACCUUUACAUGCAUCAAUCUCGCUGUUGUUGCCGCACCUGCCAUGUAUCAAAACUCUUUUGUCCAGAUAUUGCUAAAUACAUGGAUCAAGUCAUCUAACUCGCUCAUGCUACAAACCAGAAGUGUGAAAGAAAUUCUUUGGGGCUACGAAGACCCAUUCUUAAAGAAAGUACUAUUUCCUGUGGAGCGAAAAAUUGGUGUCUUCUACCCUUAUAAUGGCACAUCUGAUGGACUGUACAGAGUCUUUAAUGGGAAAGAUGACAUAAGCAAAACUGCAAUAAUUCAAUCCUAUAAAAACAAAAGCACUCUUUCCAUCUGGGCUGGCCAGUGUGACAUGGUCAAUGGAACAGAUGGUGCAUCAUUUCCUCCUUUUGUAAAGAAGGACCGGAUCCUGCGCUUCUUUUCCUCCGAUAUUUGCAGAUCUAUCUAUGGCAUAUUUGACAGUGAGCAGAUCGUGAAGGAAAUCCCCCUGUAUCGUUUUACAGUUCCUCAUGGAGCAUUUGCAUCUCCUCUUGAAACUCCAGAAAAUAAAUGCUUCUGCACAGAAACUGUUCUGUCAAAGAAUUGUACAGCAUCUGGAGCCCUGGACAUUAGCGCCUGCAAAGAAGGAAAACCAGUGUAUAUUACACUUCCCCAUUUUCUGUAUGCAAGUGAAGAUGUGACCGAGAAUAUUGAAGGAUUGAGUGCAAAUAAGGAUGAACACGAGACCUUUUUAGACGUAGAGCCUACCACUGGGUUUACAUUACGAUUUGCCAAAAAGCUGCAAAUAAACUUACUGGUGAAGCCUGCACCAAAGAUUGAGGCUUUAUCAAAACUUACAAAAUCCUAUAUCUUUCCUGUUCUUUGGCUGAAUGAGACGGCGGUUAUUGAUGAUGAGAAAGCAGCAAUGUUCAGAUCAAAAGUGAUCUCUUCAAUCAAGCUGCUGCACUUGCUGCAGGUGGUGCUGAUCAUAGCUGGUUGUGUGAUGUUCCUAGCAUUUGCAAUCUCAUAUUGCAUAUGCAAAUCAAAUAAAUUAAGUGACAAAGGAGAUUACAUGUAGGAAUAGUUACUUCAAAUUUCAAACAAGAGUUUGUAAAAUUCAGCGGCCAAACAAUCUGGUCUUAUGAUACCAUUUAUACAUGUAAACACACUAUGGAAUGAAUGUGCCUUUCCUUUCUGUGAAGAACGUACAGAAUCCAGCUUCUCAACCAGCAUUGCCUGAUGUUUCAAAAAGCCCAUUUUUACAACCUCAUUGAAGAGGCCACAACAAUAUCAUAUUCUGAAACCACUAUCAUGGUACAAACCUCUAUUACAAAUAGCCUAUUAGCAGGUGAAUGCUGAAAUCCAGUUUGGAAUCCAAUCCACUUUCUGCCAUUUAUACAACUUGCUAGUUCGCUUCUCUUGGGACUGUGAGAAUAGGAGUAAAAGCCAGUUGCUGAUGUUCUGGUUCUAAGUAUGUGAGAUGGUGACCUCAUCAAGCUCAUGCAGUGCCCUGGAAGUUAUUUUUUCCCCAUUCCUUCAAGCAAUGGAAGUUGCUGCAGUAGAACUGCUCUCCUGUCUUCAGAGAUGUGAAUUUUAAUGACUAUAAAGUUUAUUAUGUAAAGUGGUUAACCAUAAUAUCUGAAUGUCAAUAAAGGGUUUCUGAAAAGCUUUAUUUUAAACUAUGCAUAUACAGACAUGAACAAAAUAUAUGCAUGAAUGCUAACAGUGGCUGAUCCAUAGCCACAAACUCUUUCUUUCUAAACCUUUGUGCAGCAGCCCCAUCCCUGUCCUUGGUCUGCUGUGCUCUCCCUCACUCUUUUCACCCGAACUGCUGCUGCUUUUUCUGGCACUUCCUUGGCCAAUAGCUUGGGCCCUACCAAAUUCCUGGCCAUGAAAAAUGUGCC